GCUGGUGUGAGAAAGAUAUGGUAGAACCUAAAUCUAUUUAUUCGGUGUGCGAUGUUUGAGUCUGAUACAGUGAGCUGAAGAAAACCUAAUCUGAGAAAGAAAGAAAGAAAGAAAGAAAAUAAUAGAAGCAAUAGUUAAAAAUGCAGGGAGGAAAGAAUACAGGAGAAUCCAUGAAGGAAAAGGCUUCAAACAUUGGUGCUUCUGCCAAAGCUGGCAUGGAGAAGACCAAGGCCACUCUCCAAGAGAAGGCAGAAAGAAUGACAGCACGUGAUCCGUUGCAAAAGGAAUUAGCAACCCAGAAGAAGGAAACUAAGGUCAACCAGGCUGAGCUGGACAAGCUGGCGGCCCGUGAACAUAACGCUGCGGUGAGUGAGCAUAACUCGGCGGUGAAACAGGGAGCCACCUACUCCACCACCGGGGAGCAUGGUCAUCCCACGGGAUUCCACCAGAUCUCGGCGAUGCCAGGUCACGGGACUGGGCAGCCCACGGGCCACGUGACUGAAGGAGUCGUGGGCUCGCAUCCCGUUGGGACCAAUAGAGGCCUGGGAGGCACAGCUACGGCCCGUAAUACCCGUGCAGGUGGAAACCCGAAUGAUUAUGGGUAUGGGACUGGAGGUACUUACAGUUAAAUAAUGAUGAUUAUACUAUAAUCAAAUAAGUUAUUGGCAACGGUUUAAUAAAAACGAUGUAGUUGUUUUCUGUUCAUGCUUUGCUUUUUUUUCUGUCCCCUUUUCCCUCCAUUUUUGUCAUGGAGAGUGAAUGGGGUGUUGUUACUAGCUACUGUAAAACUGCUUUCUUUCACUGUACUGUCCCUUUAUGUAUCACUUCCGUUUCAAUAAAUAAACAAGAUGCGUGUAGUGUAUUA